AUUUUUCUAUUUUCUUAUUGCAAAACAUUUCAAGAAUGUUGUGUCAAAUUUUCAAGUCAAUUGAAGCAAAACUGUAGAAGUUAUAGGCUUUUAUCUCCUCCUAUCUAAUACUGCAAGAAAGCAAGAGCAGAAACUUCAAACGCAUUUUUCUCGAAAGCACAUUUUUAAAGUCCGUGGACAUCGUCAUUUGAAAACUACUUAUCCGAUUCUUUUCAAAUUUGGAACAUAUUUUCUACAUAUAAAAUACCAGACCCCAACGUUUUUCUUUUUUCAUUUUUUUUACUUUGGGGAUAUUUUACAGAUUAAAAAAGGCCGAAUUUUUUGUGAAAAAUCGUAGUUUUUACUUCAAACAGCCACAAAAAUUUCAUAAAAAUUUUUUUAAGUUAAAUAAAAACGUUGGGGUCCAGAAAAACAUCUAUUAAAAAUAUUUUGCUCGGAUUUUUGGAUUUCAGAUGAUUCUGUGCUGAGAUACAGUGUCCACCGCAAAUCCUGUUUUCUAAAAGGCAUCCUCAAAAGUGCUCCGUCACCGGCUCAUUUUUCAAUAUUUUUCUGCGAAAAAAUUACUAAAUGUUCUUUUAACAAUGCUUUGUAUAAUGCAAAAAAUUUGAAUACAUUUGUUUGAACGAUAGCUCUAGAAAAAAAUCGUGAAAAUGGUGUUUUUUUUUUACCCGUUAGACCCUACCCCCCCCUUAAGCAAACUUAUAAUGACUCACUUUUUCGAUUGUUGCUUUUCUGGUUCGAAUCUGUUGCUCUUCACGGUCGACCUUCGUUCGUUUCCCUAAAGGGUGCCAAUUAGAAUGAGAGAAGAAAAAAAACCACCAGAGGCAACAUCUUUCUUUUCCUGAAGAGUAUUAACCUACUUUGACUUGUAUUUCGUGAAUUUCUGAAUUCAUUGGUGACGCCUCUGAUCGAAACAAAACUACUUGACAAAAUUUGAUUCCGUCCGCUUCUGGCUGACACAACGCGACGACCGAAUGGUUCGCAUUCAUUUGAACGUAGAGAAUAAUUAUAAUAAAACUUGGAAUCGCAUUCGUUUAAUCCGAAAAGGUAGCAGAAAAAAAUAAACUGAAGCAACAGAGAGAAAAAAGGGAAACAGUAGUGAAUGGGGCUGUCACUGAACGGGCCUAACGUGCCGACAGCAUUGAACGCACUCAUAGAGAUGACAGUUCUCAAAUUGGGACGAUGAGAGAGGGAGAAAAGAAAGCUGCAAAUUAAGCGGGAAGGCUAGAAGCAAUAACGUAGACAAAAGUAAACAAACAAGAAUCAUUCUUAAAAAUUGAGUUCUAGUGGUGUUCGAAUCAUAGCUUGAUUCUAAUUGAGGCUAUAUUAGAAAAGAUCUACUUCAAAUUUACGUGCUUAGGUGAGACUUGAGUGUGAGAAGCAAUUUAGUUUGAAAUUUAACUUAAAGUUACUUAAUCUAGGUAAAUAACUUAACCUAAUUAGUACGCUAGUGCCGGUGGAGUUGCUUAUCCAAGCUAAGUACUAAGUUAUCCGGAAGUGCGCAACUGUACAAUUUGGAGUAAGCAUCAUCGAGCAGGUGAGAAAGUAGUUGAGAACCUUUAGAAUUUAUUGUGAAAUUGUACAAUUAAUUAAAGGUGAAGCGUCAUAGCGAGUGCAAAGGCUGGAAUCUAGACAGGAGGAAAGAAAGAGAAAGGUCACUAAACGUAAGCUGAAAGAGAUAUCCUAAUAUGUUCAAAUUACUUUCAUUAGAAUUGUUAUCGUAGGAUUUUAAAACGUACCACAAACUUCGAACGGAUUAAAGGAGCGUUUACGAAUUCGGAACCAAAUCUUUCUCUGUUACCAGCGAUCCGCGAGUAACGAAAAUCAAUAGGGCGACCAAACCAAACCACAUUCAACAGCAUGUUUUCGUUCGGCAGGUCUUUUGGUGAUUGUUUACAUUCAAGGGCGAAAUUCUUCUAUGCUUUAUGGGCAAUAUUUGCAGCUAGACUGGGUGCCACUAUGAAUGAGGCGCCUCAGAAAUGUUAAAAUAUCUUUGGGUACGACUGAUCUGGAAGAAAACAAGCGUAGCGCCAAUAAUUUGGGGAAAAUCGAUCGACAUUCCUCUGUUAAACCCAAUAAUAAAACCGAUUUUGAACCGAAUAUGAAGUCACUAAGUUUUACAUGACUAGCAAUAGUAAUUAAUGUUAAUUUAGUUUUGCACAUCGAACAAUUUACAAUUGCGGAAGAAGAGGCAACCAUAUCUGGAACUAUUGAGAAUGAUAUAAGCGAGGAAAAAAGUAGAAGCAAAUUUAAAUAUUCUUCGACAAAAAGUUCAAAUGGCGAUUCGUCCAAAUUGAAGAUCCUGUUUGGACAUCGGAAAGGUUGCUCGUCUUUGAAAGAAGUCUGACGUUUCCUAAUUCACAUUCCUCGUUUGCCGCCCGAUUAGAGAAGCUCUACAUUUGACCAACAGGCCAAAAGACUUCGGUAUCGAAUUUUGAAUACGGCGAAUGCGCCAAGACCUUUGUUUUGAGAAAAACGCAUUCCAAGUUUCAGAAAAUAAAAUCAAUUUCCUAUUUAGCUGCGUACAAUCAUUUUCCUAAAUAAGUCGCUAAAAUGCUUUCAAAUUGAUUUAAUUUCAUCACCCGAUCGAUAAAUAUAGCUUUUCCGUACUAAUUACUUCAAAAAGUUAAUAAAUUCAACUGUGGGCCCUUUUACCACAGACUGGUGCUCUCAUUUUGUUCAUUCGCCAAAUUGGUGCGCCCUUUUGAAUUGCAGAAUGACUGUUCGCCUUUUGGAUCACUCAUUAAAGAAGCAAUAUUCAAGCAAAUUUCGGCUUGAAAGCGAGUCCAAAUGAUCACAUUAAAACAUUAGCACAUUUAAUGAUCUUAUAAAUACUGAUUUGUGCAUCUCCUCGUCCUGGAAAACAAAUUUCAAAAACGUCAAUGCCCUUUUUCUAUCUCGAAAUAACUAUUGGCCCUUUUGUUCGCGACGAAAUUUUGAGGGGAAAUGGGCGAAUGAACUGUGGGAUUACACACUCAUAAAAAAGCUAUUCGCCUUAUUUAAAAAAUUAAAUUUAACUUCACUAAAAUAAGAAAAAAUUAAAGGAGAUCAUAUUUUCGGAUGUAAAAUUAAGAGUUUAACGCAUUUAUGUGAUUAUCUGGAAUUGUUUACAGUUGGCGCAUUCGCCGUAUUCAAAAUUUGAUACCGACUUGGCCUCGUGCUGUUAUGCCAGGGUUUCUCCUUUUGCGUGACAUAUUGAGGAGAUAAUUUUAUUGCGAAUAUCUUUUUUUGUUAUUCUCAUAAUUCAGGUGCAAGUUAAAUUUAGCAGUAUUCCUAAAGUAUUGCAAAUUAAAAAAGCUUUGAAAAGCAAUUAGGUAGAAGAAGAAAAAGUCAAAAAGUGACAAAUUACGUCAACUGGAAUAUCAACACACUUGUCAAAAUUCUUGUAAAGUUUCGCCUUUAUACCAUUACAUUACAUACCUUCAUUCCUUACAUUUCUGUGACCAUGUUAAAAAAACAGAAGAGGUUUCAGUCAGGAGUAUCAAAUUGGCACUCGGGAAGGAUAAGGGCUUAAAAUUUAAUUUAAGUUUUAAAAAAGAUGCUAAUCGCGGCGUUCCCCGCUUUAAAAUACAACUUCCAGUAAAGGGGGUAUCAUCUUGCGUAGAUGUCUUUAAGCAUAGGUACGCACCAAACAUAAUAUUGAGUGCGUUUACUGCUAGAAUAAAUUAAAAUAAGUGAGCAAAUUCACUGUCAUCUCGGAAAUCUGCACCACCUCAUAGCAGUAACGGACGGUGUUCCUAUGACCUUGUAGAAACGUGUUUGCGAUUCAACCAUUCGAGUAAUAACAAAAGGUAGUGAAAAGUAUUUUCGUUAUCGCCUUAACUUUAAAAAAGUAGGUACUUACACUUUAUCGGCGAGUUCUCGCACUUUCCACAUGCUGAUAAACUUAUCCAUUCUUCUAAGUUCAAGUGGGUUCUGCUCGGGAAAUUUUAUUUACUUAUUUUUACUAAUCACUACAAGCUCGAUGAUUUUUGUCGCAAUUCGAAACACAAAAUCUGACGUUUUCUCCAGGAUUGUGUGGGUUUCUUCUUCUCACGUUGUUCUUCCCUUCGUAAAUCGAAACGCGCUCACACACACCCACAACUGAACCAAAUCCGAAUUGAUGAAUGAAAAGAUGAACAGGUCAACAAACAACUACAUGCGCGAUCAAAACCUCCAGCAAGUCACUUCUGAAGCCCCGCCUUCCGCACACACCCACUCCAAUAACCCGAUGCUGGAUUGAUUCAACCAGGGCCAACUCAAAUAAAAAAAAAAGAACAGAAAAUCACACCUCUUGUUUCUUCGAACCCGAAAAGUUACCCUAGCCCGAUCGUAAACUUCCGGUUAACAACACUCAACGACGCUCGAUCAACACCGGAAGCAUUCCCCGAUAGGAUCUUCCGGAAACGUUCACGAAUUCCCGACGAAAAAAGUGAAGGAAUUUUCCGUAGGCACGGGUUGCGCGAUUACACCAACAAAACUAGCUCUUCUGUCCAACCUUGUCAGUCAGUCAUACACGCUCUUUUUUUUUAACUCAAAAUUAAGUAUGACCGAGGUUCAAAACAUAGUUCGAUUCUAUGAACUUAAAGUUAAGUACCCUUUUUCCUCCUUGCGAUGGAUCAAAACGGAGUUCGAACUGCGAACUCAAAAUUGAUCCCUUUUUUUCCUUCGGCGAGGGAUCAAAGCUGAGUUCGACCUUAUGAACUAAAAAUUGAACUCUUUUUGUUGGACUGAAAACACUUAGCGAGUUCAGUUCGAACCGGAACAGCAACCAACAAACACGUCGCAAAAUUUUGUCGCUCCGGAACAAUUACCGGAAGACUAUGAAGGAACUUUAUAAUGAAAUGCAUGUUCACCGUGUCAGCGUAAAAUUCUGUCCGUCAUUGUCAUCAUAUGGUGAGCGGCUUGGAAUGUCCGGAAACUUCCGGAUGUUGUUUACGUGGGAAGUAACAUCCGGAAGUUUUCUUUGACCGGGAGUGUAAAAACAUUCCACUGCUCUGUACCGGAACAGCAACAUCCGGGUACAACAAAUUUUAAUCAUCCUUCAAUUCCCUGAAAAUAAGCUACCCUCGAAAAAAAAGGAUAAAUUACAGUUCGGCUGCCGAACUUAGUAUUGAGUAUGCCUAUCAGAACUUAGUUUUGCUAUUGCCCUGUUAAACUCAAAGUUGAGGGAUGCCACCGAAGUGCUGUUUUGAACCAAAACUACUUAAUUUUGAGUUUAAAAAAAAGAGCGUGUAUACACGUCGCGAACUUGGCCCGAGAAUGUGGUGAUUUGGCUACCAGAGGAAAACUGACUGAACAAGUGAACGCGGAUGAAUGGAUCACCGCACUUUUGGCAUCGACGAGGCAGUGUAGCCAAAUUUUAAUUAGGUGUGUUCAACAAAACCCAAUCGAAAUCAAUUGGAAUGGAUUGACAGUUGAUCAGCUGUUUUUCCAAUUGACUUCGAUCGAUUUCUAUUAGGCUGUUGAUUGAACAGCCAUUCACUAAUACUAACGCACUGGCGCAGUGUUUUCAGAUGUAAUUUUCUUUAUCAGCUUCGUUCAGAAUUCGAAAAGGCGGUUUACUCAAGGCAAAUUGUAAUGAAUCCAUCAUUUUGGCCAUAUCUCAAUAGCAAUUCUUUCCCGUAUACAAGCUGUCCGAAAAAUUUCAGAUUAGAAAGUUUGUUGUUCGACUCGAACUAUAUUAGAAUACUAAAAAGGAAUUUGUUUAGAAUAAUGAGCAAUUUUGAGGGAUAAGAAAAGCACAAAAGCGAAAAAUUGCUGCUAUAGGAAAAUAAUUAUUAUUUUUAAAACAUACAAUCAUGAUAUUAUGAAACAAAAUACAGAGGAUCGAUAAACUUUAUAUUUUAUUUGACAUUUUAUCGUAUUUCACAACAUAGACCAAAUUUCACUUCCUAUUUAUUUACAUAGUAGUCACAUAGUUGGUCACUUCCUAUUUGAUUAUUAUAAUAAUCCAAGACCGACAGACAGAUGUAUUGUGAAAAUGGAGUCCUAACAGAACAGCACAGAACAGCGACGCCACAUCGACCGACAUCUCUUUGAGCACCACGGACCAGCACGACUAGCACAGCACCACCGACUCAGGAUACCUGGCACAGCCCCACAGACCCAGCAUGUCUGACACCACCAGACCUGCGCGACUAGCACAGCACCACCAAUCCAGAAUACCUGGCACAGCCAUACCGACUCAGAAUGACGUGCACAACACCACCGAUCCAGCAUGGCUGACAUAGCACCACCGAUCAGCACCACUGACUCCGCACGACUAGCACUGCACCACCGACUCAGCACACGACAGCAAACACCGCACCGAAUGACACCGCUUUCAUUUCUUCUAAUAUUUUUUUCACAACAAACCAAAUCUGCUGUUUUUGACAGCAAACAAAUACAUAUGUGUUAGUGCGAUGGAAAUCGAUCGAAACGAAUCCUGCUUCCUAGCUUGAUCGGUUUUGACUGGUUUCGAUCGAUUUCGAUUGGCUUCAUUGAACGUCAAUUGGAUUAGUUUCGACCAAAACAUUGGCUGAGUGAACAUCCAUUUACCAAUCGAAAUCGAUUGAAACCAAUUGCAAUUGCCUGUUGAACAGGCUUAUUGCCUCUUAGAUGAAGAAGCUUUAUAUGCAUUCUCCAAAAAAAACAAUAUCAAAGCGUACGCGUACGUAAAUUGAUUAAAAAAUAAAUGCAAAGCAAGUUAUAAUAAAUAAAACUGUAUAGAUCUAGGUAAAUUGAAAUAAAUUGGAAUAUUAGAAUAUAAUAUAUUAUUAUUUAAUAUAAUAUAAUAUAUUAUUAUUAUUUUAUAUAAACGUUCAUAUCAUGAACAAGCAUUGAUGGCUACCCUGAAAAAAUGAACGCACUUUUUUGUAUUCACGUGCUAAGUGCUCUCAACGCUGAUGAAUGGUUUAUGUACAGCGGUUGAAGCACUGAACAGGCUUCACGCUAAGAAAAUUGUACAUAUCAGUACCGUUAUUUAAAAUACAUAUUUUGGAGUACGACAACUUUAACGAAGAACUGAGUUUCGGAAAUUACAUACUUUGUCAGUUCUUCAUAAUAUGAAUUAUUAUUCUACAAAACCCUCUCUGUAGAAGCACAGCAACUUCAGUAAUUUUUUUGUGAUUGCGUUGUUCUUCUCACUCGCACCAUCAGAGAGUCAGCCUGUGAUUUGCAUUCUACUUGAGCACACGCAACAACUUUUACAAAACUGCCCGUUAAGUCUUUGCAAAAAAAUCAAAAUAUCUUUGCUUCUCUGAACGUUUUUUUAACAAACAGCAGUUUAACACAAAACCCUCUCUGUAGAAGCACAGCAACUUCAGUAAUUUUUUUGUGAUUGCGUUGUUCUUCUCACUCGCACCAUCAGAGAGUCAGCCUGUGAUUUGCAUUCUACUUGAGCACACGCAACAACUUUUACAAAACUGCCCGUUAAGUCUUUGCAAAAAAAUCAAAAUAUCUUUGCUUCUCUGAACGUUUUUUUAACAAACAGCAGUUUAACACACGUGAAAUCGUAUACCUCUCUAGAGAAAGCAAAAUAGCCUUCACUCCGAUUAGCUGUCAUUCUUAUGGAAAUCUGUGUAAGAGUGAAGAGUUAGCUUUAUCAUUUUUAGCAGGACCAAGCCCAAUAGAUACAUAACAAAGAAAUAUGAUUGUACUUUUUUCUUUAUUUUCUAUCGCCAAUUUUCAAAUGCAGUUUGAGAAUUACUGGCAGAAUUAUCAUGUUUGCAUUUUCGUACCGCUACAACCACAAAUCGAUUCAAAUAAUUUAGCGUGAAUUGGGCGCCUUCCAAAACUAUAGAUUUUGUGAUUCUAUCCUUUUAUUUACGUGUAAAUUCUGGCGAUUUUGGCGAAUGUGCUGAAAAGGUUUCUCGCAGAUUGAUUACUGAAACAGUUACGAUGGCCGGAGAAACUUGUGAAGUGUGCGGCCAGAAAGACUUCACCGCUGAAGGAGGAUUCUUUUACUGCGUGGAAUGUGGUACAAAAUCGCGUACGCAUGGCCAACAGCUGGUUGAAGAGUUUGAUACGGAGGCCGUGAACCAGGGCGUUCGCGGUAUCAAGCUGAAGGUGGAGAAUAAAAUUCUUAUGAUCACAAGCUACGAGCAGAUCAACUAUAUCUUGUUGGCAUUUACCGAACGUUUGAUCAGUUUUGGUGCAGGGGAGAACCUCAAAUUAACGGUCCUGCAAAUGUGGACCAGUUAUCUGCGACGAAUGGAGAUAGCUUUCUUUGAUAAAGAGAAGCCGGAGAAACCUCGCCUCAGUGCUUUCUUUCUACCAAUCGACGCUGCCAUCAUCUACAGCCGCAAGCUGCCUAGGGCCCCGAAAAGGCCACGUCGGGCAAGCACGGGUCCUUCGCAAACUUCUGAGGGAGAAAUGUCCGAGACGCAAUCACUGGCCAGCAGACGGAUCCUGAAUCGUAGGUCCCGUGCCAACCAACGGCGUCUUCUGAAUGCCGAGCAUGAUUCCUUUUUGUCGGACCAGCAAAGUGAUGUAAACCGUUCCUUGCACGAAAUGUCGGUACGUUCUUUGAAUACCAGCCAACAGUCGGGGGAGGAAAGUGAUGCUAGCAGUCGCAGCAGUUUACUUUCCGCAAAUGGGGGGCCAAAAGUUCGAUUCUCUCGAUUGGCACGGGUGCGAAUGAAACGGAAAAUGAAACUUUCCUCCCGGUAUAUCGAUAAGCUUGAACAAGACACCGAUUGGAAAGUGAUCCAGCAGAGCAAACAGAAGGGUGGGGUGCGAGGUACAUUGAAAAGGAAAGGCAAUGUAGAGUUAGGUGAUCCGGAAAACCUAGUCCCGUUAGUGAUAUACGGUUUGCUGGGGUUAGCUUUAAAUGUCAGCGGCAGUGAGGUUCAGUUGGCAGAUGUUGUAAGAUUUAUCAGAGAAGAUCAUCUGUCCAACGAUAAUCUAAUCCAAUAUUUGCCACAGGAAAUUGAUCCGACAUGUUAUGCCAGUACACUUCCCAGAUUACAAAAAACGCCCGUUACCAGCCAUACCACAUUAAGAAACAGUGCUUUCAAGUUUGCCGAAAUGAUACAUGCUACUCCGGUUAUGCCAAAUUUAGCUAAACUCUGUCUUCGGUAUUUACAAGAGCUUCAACUUCCGCUGGAAUUGCAUGGCUACAUCAACAACUUGAUGGAUUGGUUUCAUCCCGUUAUGAAACGUUCCAGUUCCUGUAUGCCCAAUUAUGAGGGUCGUGCUAUGGCCUUUAUCCUUUUCGCUCUUAAAUUACUCUUCGGAUUGAAUGAUAACACAGAAGUAAGGAUAUCAAGUUCUGUUGCAGAUUUGAAUCGUUUGAAUGCUCAAACGGGAAAUCAAACAAAAACAGCAUUCGUAUUCACUGAAUGGCUUGAAUAUAUAGAAGCGAGAAAAGUCAUUAUAAGUCAGGUGUACUAUCCGGUCAACCGGUUGACAGCAACCGAUGACAACGUUGCUCCAGAUCCAGGUCUUUUUAUAAGUUUCAAUUCCAAAAAAAUAAACCCCACUGACGCUACCAAACCAACUACUAGCGACAAGUCUCGUCGGGAGCAUUUAACUAGACUUAAAGAUAUAACAAGUACCAUAAUUCAAACAUAUUAUAAACCAAACAGGACUAAGCCUACAACAAGCAUCGAUUUCGAACCAAGCCUUACACCAUAUCGAUCUUAUCUUGAGACGAUAAUGUUGGCGCAAAAAAAUGACAGUAGUAUUCACAUUCCCGAGUUCAUGUCCGUGGAUCAUACAGAUCGAACUAUCGAGCCGCUUAUCAACAUCUCCGAGUUCAGAAGACUUCUCCAAGAAAACUGCCGAAUCAAGCUACGUGCCAGAAAACUCAAAUCCAAUCUAGAGAGCUUCCAUUUCAUAAAACCUUUGACGAAUGUUAGCUCACAGGUGAUCGACGAUUUUUAUAAGGUUCAUGUGAACUGCACCGAAACCGAUUGGUGCCCCUUAGAUAAAUCGCAAAAUCCCGCACCAACCAGCAAUGAAAUCCUUGACGAAAUUGUCGUUCGCAACGAAAUCGACAGACAGUACACGGCUUUACAAAAACCCAAAUCAUCUGACGGAAUCGCUACCAAACUCGCCAAACUCGACGAAUCGAUAGCAGCUUCUGAAAGCAUGUUUUCCGACACAGCGUCGUUCAUGUACUAUCCAUAUCAACAAUCCCCAAUCGAAACAGCCAACCUGCCGCUCAGGCAUCACACCUUGCUGGUUCCCAAUUACGACUACUGGGUCCGACCGAUAAAUCGGCCAGAGCAAGCUGCUGCUACCUUGAACUGUUGCUGUCUACCGGACAAUUUUUACCUGGUGCUGAACGAGUGUGCCCGGGUUGUGGAAAAUAGCCCUUUAGUUAUUUAUCAAGAGUUGAUCGUUUUGGAGGACUACUUUUUCUACGCGGUCCAACCGCCGGAACGAUGGUGUGAAAUGGCAGACCCCUGCGCAGCCAGGAAGAAUAUCUUUCGGGAAAACUCUAACAUUGGAGACAGGUCAACGACUAUGCGAGUUGUCAAUAGCGUGUCGAAAUAUUAGGUAAAUAAGUAUACAUUUUUUUUAUUUCAAUCUCAAAUUAUUCUCGAAUGUUUUGAAGAAAGUCCUAUCUAUACUUUCAGGAUUUAAAAAUAAGUUAAAAGUAGAGCCACCCCGUUGUGGAAUUUUUUGUUCUGAGGCUGGCCUAAAUUUUUCCGUGUCUGCCUCUUUGACCACCUUAGCGACCUCAGCCACUUUUUCCGCCACAUUUGCUUACAAGAAGGAAAUGUGUCUGCAAUUUUGGCUCUGUGUUGUCCUGUACAGGGCCGUAGGAAGAACCGAC